AUUAUAAAAAAAUUUUCAAAUCGAUUCCAACGCUAUUAAAAUGUUUUAGUAUUAUUUUUAUUAGUUUUGCACUAUAUAAGACACAUUUUAUUCAGUUUUUGUUCAAAAGCAGAAAGUGAAAGAAGAAUAUUGUCAACCCUAAAAGGUAAAAAAAUGAUUCAAGUGGGAUUCCUCGUUCUACUUUGCGCUAGAGCUUUAGCACAACCAGCAAGUACGCCCACGCAAGCGUCUAUGUCUGCGUAUUCGCCAACGUACUCGCCAACGUACCCGCCAACGUAUCCACCAACGUAUCCACCAACGUAUCCACCAACGUAUCCGCCAACGUAUCCACCAACGUAUCCGCCUACAUAUCCACCUACGUAUUCUGAAACUUGUUCAACUGUGACAUUAAUGGAAGGUUUUGAUGUGACAAGUUAUCUGGGACGCUGGUUUGUAUUAGCAAAAUUUGCUUAUUCUGGUAAUUUGGUCGUAAAAUGUGAAGAAGUAUAUCGAAGCCCUACGCAGAACGAGGAUGGUACAUACGAUAUUGAACUCACCCAAGUAUCCAUGACAACCAAUCUUUCACGAACAUUGGAUGGCUUUGCGACAUUCGAUGAUUAUGAAGCAAAAUAUACUGCAGAAUAUGAAGGUGUACCAAAUUCUGCAGAACAUUGGAUUUUAGAUACAGACUAUGAACAUAUUGCCAUCCAAUUCAAUUGCCACGAUGAAAUAGUUAAUGGAUAUAAUAAUGUUUUUAUUUUGUCAAGAGAUAAAAAUCUAGAAGCAGAAUAUUUCCAGGAGGCUUUGCAGUUUUUGACGGAUAACAUGCUAUACGAAAUGACCCUGUAUGUAGAAGAUUGGGCAAGUUGUCCAAGUAAAAGCACAAAUUGCUGAAGCAUUUUUCAUGAAGAUUUUUCCUUUAUGAAAUAUGUCUUAAGAAAAAAUUGAUACAAAUGAUUUCUUUAGAUUUUUUAAUUCGAAAAUCAAGUUAAAAUUCAAUAUAGUAAUUUUUACAAUUCGUAUUUUCAUGCUUUCACUAAUAAAAUAUUAUAAAGUGAUUUCUCAAAUUGCUACUAACUUCUUAGAGUAAUUACAUGUAAUAUCUUUAAUAAACAAUAAAUAUUUUGUUUUAUCCUUA